UCCAGUUCAGUCUCUGUCGGCUCGUAUACGUUUGUAGUCGUGGCCUGUCGUUGUUUCUCCUUAUAAAAAUAUUAACCCAAUUCGUAACGCUGUUAUAUCAAGUAGACGUUUAUUAAGAUAUAUAUUUUUUACUUGCUAGCUUUGAAAAAAAAGGAGACGAAAUCAUACAUCAGCUUUUCCAUUGUUUUCUUCUCUGGGAGAAACUCAAGCACCACCGUUAUGGCUCCGCAUUACAAACUAAUAUAUUUUAAUUCAAGAGGACGAGCUGAAACCAUUCGACUUAUUUUUGCGUAUGCGGGGGUCGAAUAUGAAGAUGUUCGAAUACCGAAAGAGCGAUGGAAUGAAUACAAAAAAAAAACACCAUUCGGUAGACUCCCUGUACUAGAAAUUGAUGGCAAGCCAGUGGCGGAAACUUUAGCAAUAGCGCGAUAUCUAGCUAAAGUAUAUGGCCUCAAUGGGAAAAAUGAUUGGGAAGACCUGAAAUGUGACGAGUUAGUAGGCGCCUUAGAUGACCUCAAACAAGGAGUUGGACAAUUUAGACGAGAAGAAGAUCCUGUGAAAAAAGAGGAGUUGAAAGUAAAGUUAAUGAGAGAAAUAAUUCCCUUCUACUUGGCCAAGUUUGAAAAGAUCGUCUCGGAAAAUAAUGGACACUGCGUGGGUUCUAAUGUAACCUGGUGUGAUUUACUAUUCGCGGCAUCACUAGAAAGUUUCGAAAAUGUUUUUGGGAAAACCGCCUUGGAACAAUAUCCAUCUUUAAAAGCUCUGAAGGAAAGUGUGUACAACAUUCCAUCUAUAGCUGCUUGGGUAGCCAGGCGUCCAGUUACGGAUUCAUAGAUUGAAUAAUCCAAACACAAAUUCGGAUCUAAACUUAAGCAUUGUUGUAAUUGUUGUAAUUACUUGUGAAUAAGUACAUGAAUAUAUUUUGUGUUGUGUUGUA